AUGGCUACACCUCCCAAGGCCACCGUCCCGGAGUGGAUGACGAAAGAGUUUUUCGUGGAUGCGAUUGCAGCGAAGUUGACGCUCCCGGUGACCGAUUUUACGAUAGCCGAUCUGGACGUGCGACCUGCGACGGAAGCUGGCGACAACUAUGCGUCGGUAUUGUACCGCGUUGCGGUGUCAGUGCAGGUGCACGGUUCCGAAGGCUACACCACCGUGUCGCUAAUCGUGAAGGCCCUGCCUAAACUCGGCCUCUCAGAUGAGUUGAUCCAGCAGAUGAACCUGUUCCCGAAGGAGAUGACGAUGUACGGGAAGGUGCUGCCGAGCCUGGAACAACUGUACCAUCAACGUGGCCGAACGGAUGUGCUGUUUGGACCUCGCUGCCUGAAACACGGCACCGAACCGACCGACGUGAUCGUAAUGGAAGACAUGCGGGAUCGCGACUUCCGCAUGGCGAAUCGGCGCCAGGGUAUGGAUAUGGACCAUACGCUAACGGUGUUGAGAUGCAUGGCGCAGUUCCAUGCUGCGUCGGUGGUUUACUAUGGCCAGCGAGGGCCUUCGGAGCAAAGGCUAAUAGAGGGCAUGUUUGCGGAGAAGGGACGCAAGAUGCACGAGCAGUUUCAGGCGCAGCAGACUGCCUUUUUGUACAAGGUGAUAAGCGGCUGGUCGGAGAAGGGCAAGUUCUUUGCCGACGUAAUGAAACAUUGGGGCAUGGAUAUGUUCGAUGCGAUGCUUAAAGUUACGCGCGCCGAUCCUCAAAAAUUCAAUGUAUUAAACCACGGUGAUAUGUGGUGUAAUAACAUCAUGUUUCACUACACCCCCGACAAUGGCGUUGAUCAAAUCGUGUUGAUCGACUAUCAGAUAAGCUUUUGGUCUUCCCCGGCGAUCGAUUUGCUGUACUUCUUGAUGACCUCCGUCAAUAGUGAUCUUCGCCUUCCCCAGUUGGAUUAUUUUAUUCGCUACUACCACGAACAACUGAUGGAAAACCUCAACUUCCUGGAUUACACCGAAAAGCGGCCUACGCUAAAGGAGCUACACUCGGACGUCAUCGGUCACGGAUUGUUUGGCUUCGUGAUAGCUUUGACCCUCCUACCGGUGGUGCUGCUGGAGAAAACCGACGAUGCGUCGAUGGAUCUGAUGCUCGAUAUGGGAGAAGCCGGUGCCAACUUCAAACUGAAGCUGUACAACAACCCGGAGUAUGUGCGACAAAUGACGCAGAUUAUGGAGCAUUUCUACAAUUUGGGUGCGUUUGACAUCCUGGAGCUGGGAGUGCAACGUGCGGCAGGGAUCGAUUGCGACCCACAAUUGCAGCUGCCACUGUGGCUGGACAGGGAAUUCGUCGAGCACGUGGUGCAGCAGAAGUUUGGCAACGACGCCGUGGAGAAACGCACCGUACGAGGGGCGUACGUGAAGAACGCUGCGAAGAAGGGCGACAAUUAUGCGGCCGCUCUGUACUCCGUAAAGGUGGAUAUGCUCCGAGCCAGUACAGCUACAGAGGAGACCCUUUCGCUCAUCGUAAAAGCUCCGCCGAAGGGAAAUGCCGCUGCCUAUUCGCUGGAUAAGGAUAUGUACGUGAGGGAACGGUAUCUCUACGAAACGCUGAUCCCAGCUUUUGAGGCAUUGUACCGGGCUAAGGGAAGCACGGUAAAACUAGCGGCAAAUUAUUACAAGCCGCCCAACGGGUUGCCGGUGGAGGUGAUUGUUAUGGAGGACCUCACGGUGAGUGGAUACCGGUUGGCGAACCGGCAGGAAGGCUUGGACAGAGCUCACACCGAGGCCGCACUCGAGCAUUUGGCAAAAUUUCAUGCGGCGUCAGCCGUCUACUGUGAGAGUGGUCCGCCACUUCCGGCGAUACUUACCGAGUCGUACAGCGAUUAUCAGAUGGCCGAAAAAACUGACAAGUUGUUCGAGCACUCACUAGACAGCCUUUUCGAAUACAUGAACGGGUGGGACUUUGCUGAAGAGUAUGCCGAAGAUUUGGAGCGGGUUUCACGGCACAUUUAUCGGCUUCUUGUCAAUACAUGGACCGUCAAUUCCAAUGGAUUCAACGUGCUGAACCAUGGCGAUGCCUGGAUGAACAACAUACUGUUUUCCUAUGAUAGCGACACCGUUGCACAGGUGGCCCUGGUUGACUAUCAGUUCCCGACCUGGGGCUCACCGGUCUUCGAUGUGAUCCAGCUGUUGUUCUCUUCAGUUAGUCAAAGCCUGAAGCUAUCAGAGCAGGCAGCGUUUGUACGAUUCUACCAGAAAGAACUGGUGCAAAGCUUGCGUCUUCUUGGAUACACCAAACCGAUGCCGACGUUGCAAGGGUUGCAAAUCGCCUUCAACGAUCGACUUCUGGCGGCCAUCAAAGCUACCGUGAUCGACCUACCGUACGUCUUGGCCGAUCCCAGCGAGGACGCGUCGGUGGAGGCUGCUGUCGCACAAACGGAGGCUGGACGCCAGUUCCAGAAGCUACUGUACGACAACGACCGGUACAAGGAGCAGAUGAAAAUGCUGCUACCGUACUUUAAGAACCGUGGUCUACUGACACCAGAUGCCGCUUCUAUCAUUCGAAGUGAAUAA